AUGAGCGACAAGGUAAUCUAACUUGAAGAAAGUUUUGAUGAAAAGGACGUUUUGAGAAAGUUUUCAUCGUCUCCGGCGUCCGCACUCCGAUGGCCUCAUUUCGCGGCUCUUUUUCCAAAGUCUCGGCCGCCGAGCUGGGAACCACGGCCGUUCGUGCCGCCAUGGAACGAUCUGGUUGGUUUUGAUUGGAUAAAAAAAGUCAAAAACAGUGCGAAGAAGGGACCAGUACGAUAUGAAGAUCAUUUCUGAAAAAAAGUGCAAAAAAAACUGGAAAGAAAGAAAAUUAAACAUUUUAAGAUUCAAUUUCUCGAUUCUCUUUUUUUAUUAAUUGAAAAAAUUUUACUCAAGAAAAUUUUGAAUCGCCCUUACAUAGACCUUCUUUGAUUAAAAAAAAAGAAUUUUUGAGCGGAUUUUCAUUUUCUCAAGCAAGUUUCCUCUUAUGGAUUCCUUACAUUCACAUCCAACUAUAGAGAAUGAAUCAAGGCUAAUUCUAAGUUUUAAAGUUCAACCAUUUGAGCUUUGUCUGUUGCCUUGGAGACAUCAGAAAUCUGCAUUUCUUCAAAAGUUUCGAAUGGAAAAUUUUUUAUCAUCAUGUUAUUUUCAUGGUCAUUUUUUGAAGAUGAACUUUUGAGGAACUUUAUCAUUUCUAAGUUUGAAAAAUAAGAAAGCAGUUUUGUAUAAUCAUCUUUUUUUUUGUCAGGGGAAAUUAUUGGAAUAUUUUUCAUCGAUCAAAACCUAACCUAAACUUUAAGAGAAGCUCAGUAAUUUAUAUAAUUUUUGACAAGCUUCUGAUUGUCCAUUGGUUGAUUUAAAAGAAAUAUUUUUCCAGGAUUGAAAGACUCGGAAAUCGAAGAAAUAAUCGGCGGAUGCGUUUUGUCGGCCGGUCAGGGACAAAACGUCACUCGUCAGAUCGCCCUCGCUUGCGGUUUUUUAUUUAUUUGAAUAUUUUCGCACUAGAAAGUUAUUUAACUUCAAUUUACAGACUUUUUCAGAUUUCCCGGCGUCGGUACAGGCGGUGACUGUGAACAAAGUGUGUUCAUCUUCGAUGAAGGCGUUGGUUUUUGCCGCGAUGUCCAUAAAGUGCGGAUACCGUAACCGGAUCGUCGUGGUUGGAACUGAAAAUAUGAGCCAGGUGGGGGAAUUUUCGCGAUUCUUCAUACAAGUGAUUUUUUUAUUCCUUUUUUUCGGUUCUUUGUUUUUAAUGACAAAUAUUGUCUUUCUGAAUUGAAAUUUCGUUUUUUAAUGAUUUUUGUGUUCUUGUUAAAAUUUGAAGCUCUAGAUCAGAUAAAUGAUCCCUGGUUAUAUAGGAUUUUUAAAACUUUCAAAAUUUUUGGGAUUUUUUUGUUCAUUCAUUAGAUUAAAGUUGAAGGUUUAGCAAAUAGUUUCAAAAAAACCUGAUUUUUUUAAUUUUUUUAGGUGCAAAAAUUUAGUAAUGAACAUAUACUUCAAGAUAAAAAUGUAUCAAGCUGUCAUUUUUUUUGAAACUUUAUGAAAAAAUCCUUUUUCCUCCCCCAAUAAACAAUUUCCAGGUUCCUUUCUACGUUCCCCGUGGAGAACUUCCAUAUGGCGGCGUUACCCUUACUGUAUGUUUCUUUUGCCCUCAAAAAUAUUCUAAUAUUCAAAUAUUUCCAGGAUGGAAUCGCCAAAGACGGACUCGAAGACGCCAAAGAAAAAGUGCCGAUGGGCGUUUGCGCCGAAAAAACUGCCAAGGUUUCUUUUUGCCUUGGAAGUUUCAUUUCAUAAUAUUCUUCCAGGAAACUCAAAUUUCCCGCGCAGAACAAGAUGAAUACGCCAUCAACAGUUACAAGAAAGCGGCGGCGGCUUGGCAGGUCUGUUUUGAGGGGGAUAUAUAGUGGAAAAGUUCUCUGCUUGAGGAAAAACGUAUCGAAAUUGAACUCAAAACGAAGUCUUCUCUUUCGAGUAUAUUUGUCUGAACUAAAAUUUGAAGGAAAUUCGAGAAUUCCAGUCGUAGUUAAUUCUAAAUGUAGAAAAUAUUCUCAAUUCAAAACCAUGGUCGAAUUUAAUUUUUUUUUUUCUCAGACUAACUUUUCCUAUUUCUUUUCAGUUAUUCGGAAUAAAAGUCUAAAGGGGAAUUUUUUCAGACCCCUGCGGAUUCAGAAAAGUGUUGUUUUUAUAUUUACCUAAUGAUUAUGAACAUUUUUAUCCAAAGUGUUUGUUGUCAAGAUUUUUUGAUUUUUUAGUUUCCUUUCUUUUUUGAGAAGGUAUCCAGUUGUUGCAUCCCUUUGAUCUCACAUUUUUCAGACCGGAAAAUUCGCCGAUGAGGUCGUUCCAGUGACGAUAAGCCAAAACGGGAAGCCGGGAAUCGUCGUCUCCGAGGACGAAGAAUUCAAGAAGCUCAACGAGUCCAAGGUCGGCUCCUUAAGGACCGUUUUCGACAAGAACGGCACCAUCACCGCCGCCAACGCUUCUUCUUUGAACGACGGCGCCGCGGCGGCCGUCGUCGUCUCUUCCGAAUCCCUGCCACAAGGUCGGCAGAAGACGUGUCGAUCCAGAAGAUUUGAAUGUUCUCAGGCGCGACUCCGCUCGCAGAAGUCGUUGCUUUCGCCGAGGCUGGCCUUCCUCCGAUCGACUUCACUUUGGCUCCGGUCAACGCUGUCCAAGAGGUUCGGAAACCUGUGAAAGGAAAAUAAAAGAAAAAAAGAAGGUUCAGAGGCGUUUCGCAAAAAAAUGAACUAACAGUUGAAGAGCCACGUUCUUCUUCUCACUCGCGAUUUUUUUUUAAUGACUACUUUUAACCACAAAAAAAUGCUGUAUAGACAAUUCACGGCUAGCUUGGGACGCGAAGAGGCGUGGCCUGUCUGCGCUCUCCACUAAUCAAGCACUUUCUCUCAUUUAGUCGGGUCAGGACCUUUUUUGGAUUUCUCAAGCAAGCCGCGAAGCAGCUACAAUUUUUGGAAAAUUCCGAAUUCGAGCUCUAUUAAAUAACUUUUUUACGUCAAAUGCAACGUGAACGCGUGGCGUCUUUAUAAACUCGUAUGUGUGUGUGUGUGUUUUUUUUUUCAGUUUAUCUUCACUUUAAUGCCGUGUUCAAAGUAAUUUCGCGAAAUGCAAAAAGAUCUCUGACUCUCCAAAAUUUAGUUAAAUUUUUCUUUCUCUGACGGCUAUUUUUGCAUUUCGCGAAAUUACUUUGAACACGGCAUAAGAUUUUGAAUGUCAAAUUUAUUGACAGUCGCCUUUUUUUUUAACAAUGUUUGAGAUCUCAACCCAGCUUUUGCUAUAAGCAAAAAAGCUUGAACCUCUCAAAAAUUGAAGUAAGAGUCAUCUCGUCUUGUAAAAAAAAGAUUUUCAGCUCCUCGCCAAGUCGAAUCUGAGCGUUGGCGACAUCGCGCUAUGGGAGAUCAACGAGGCGUUUUCGGUGACUGUCUUGGCGUUCGCCAAGGAGUUGGGCGUCGACUUGGGCCGCGUGAAUGUCAAAGGCGGCGCCGUGGCUCUCGGACAUCCUCUUGGGUAUGUCGUUCGAUUGGUUGAAUCUUAUUUUUUGAGGCCUUCAAAAAGGACUUUUUCCUUUUUGAUCUGCAGUCAUCGUUUAAGAAAGAUAAACUGUAGUUUUGAUAAUUUCGAUAAUUUGAAAAUGAAGAGGAAGUAGCAUGAGAGAAAGAUAUACAAUAUUUCUUUAAUUUUCAAAUUUCGAGGUUAAAUUAAAAUUCAAAAAUAACAAAAUCAUCGAAUGAGAUUUAAAGUUGAGGUAAGAUUUAGUUAAAGUUUGAGAAAUAUGACCGUUCUGAAACUUUGAUGUUUUCUUUCCGAUUUUAUCACCUUCCAUCAGACCUGCUGAUGAAACGGGCUUAUUAGGGCGGCUCGACCCGCAUAAGCCACAUUCUCAAAAGAGCCUUUUUUCUUAACUUUUUCUACAUUUCCUCUCAUUUUUAACAUUGCGGCUCGCGACUCCCCGAAAUGAUUUUUCAAAUCUCGGGGCACCCAUCAACAGCUCUUUCUAAAAUCACUUGACUCUUCUAGGUUAAAUAACAGUUUCCGACUUUUUGUAGAAUGUCGGGCAUCCGGAUCGUCAUUUCCUUGGCCCAUUCCCUGUCCUCUGGCCAAUACGGCAUCGCUGCCAUUUGCAACGGAGGCGGCGAGGCGACGGCUGUCCUUUUACGCAAACCUUGA